GCUACCUGCGCAGGAUCAUUCGUUGUUUUCCCUUACGACGGCAGAGCUGUAAGGAGAAGUUGUGUGUGUGCACCGUACCUGUUAAUAUUCCAGCCUCAAGGUCUGUACACAGAGUCCCAUGGCAUUGUGGCCAACCACAUGUACGACCCAGAUUUUGAUGCCUUCUUUAACCCAGGCAACUCCGAGCCACGUUGGUGGGAUGGAGGAGAGCCAAUCUGGAUAACAGCAGUCAAAGCUGGGCUCAAAGCAGGAACCUUCUUCUGGCCUGGCAGCGAGGUGGAGAUCCAGGGCCUCCGACCCACAGAGUGGAGGCCGUACGACGAGAGCGUGCCUUUCCUACUGAGGGUCAACACCACAGUCGACUGGCUCGAGUCAGGUUUCGACCUGGGCGUACUCUACAUGCACGAGCCCGACAAAAGCGGCCACAGGGUAGGCCCCGAUUCCCCGAAUCUGGUUCCGGUCAUCGAGAGGAUGGACAAUGUCCUGGGUCACAUAAUUGAACAGCUGGAACUACGUGGCAUCAAGGCACAACCGCCGGGUUAUGGAUGUGUUUGCGUUGGCAGAUGAAGGCUGGAGUAUCACUGACAAUGCCACCAGACGAAGAGCCAGGCCAUACGUCGGUGACCACGGCUACGACAACUACCUACCCAACAUGAAACCCUUCUUCAUCGCCAUGGGCCCGGCUUUCAAAUCCGGCAAAACCGUUGAGCCAAUCAGCAACCUGGACGUCUACUCGCUUGUGUGCCAUCUAUUGGACAUCACACCAGCGCCAAAUAACGGCAGUCUGGACCGAGCUUCCCCCCUGCUCCAGUCUCCGGGUGCCGCAGCCUCACACACACUCACCACACUGCUGCUGUCCUCUGCUCUGGCCACAUUCUGGGCGACUGUCUAUGAUCUCUGAGUGUGUUCCUUCUGUAUUUUGUAGGCAAGCUGCUAAAAUGCAUUAAGCCUUGAAAGCAAUAUGUUAUGAGAGUGAGAAGGAGAGGGGAGAUAGAUAGAUAGAUAGAUAGAUAGAUA